UGAAUGUUUAAAUUGUGUUUCACCACACCCCUGUGCCAUCACCAGCAGGUGGUAAAAGCAGCUGCAGGAUUUUUAGUUGCCCGGCACCGAGUUCAUCUUUCCAUGGUUUAAGCCUAAAAUUGAUUCCUCUUCCUAUAGUUUUGGGUUGGGUUCUUUCUGUUUGUGUGACUCGUCCUUUUUUCCACUUCAAAGGCAUAAAUCAAGCUUGAAAAAUAUUAUGUCUUUAAAUCUAAACAGAAUUUAGACACUGAGACUUUCAAAGCUCCCUGCCACUUGUCACAUGGUUUCCUGCACAGCUUCAGACUUUAUUAUUAACACUCUCUCUGGUCUGUGCAGCACUGAAAACAGGAUGGAUCCAGCAUUUAUUUCCCUCAGGAUGUCUGGACAGAUCUGAGAGGAGAUUUAACAUUUUGCAGCUUGAGUGGAGGCUGCUGCCCUGCAAACUCCCCUGGGAGCCAUCCAGCCCGAGAGUGCAGGGAGGGAACAUGAUGAAAAUGGACUUGUCACACUCUGCUGUCUGGUUUAGAGGUUGCUUCUCUCUGUAUUUUUUAAUAUCUCUCUUAUUACUGCCACUGUAUCUUGGAGGCUACACAGGCAUGGAGAUGUCACUGAAAUUCUUAGAAUAAUAUUGAUCUUAUGAGGUAGAUUAAAUAAUUGAUAAUUGCUGUGCCUCCUCUAUGAGAGUAUCAAUAUGUUCUGCAAACAAUAACAGAUUACUGCAGAUGGAUGAUUUCUGAGGAACACAGUGAUUCUUAUAAAUUUCUCUAAGGUUUUUGUUUGUUUUGUUUUGUUCUUAAUCUAGAGAGGAAUUUUAGAAAAUGAAUCAGAGUCAGAAUAGUUAAAGUUGGAGCGGGACCAUCUUGACCUGGGGAUGGCUGGCUGGAGCAUGGCUCUUGGGUGCUGCGUGUUCAAUUCCAUCCGUGGGGAGACACAUGUGAAAGAUUGGCAGCACAGAGAGCAGCUCUGAGGCUGUUCUGUAAACACAGCAGCCUUGCAAAGCUCAGCUGCCUCAGAAGGGAUGACAUUGCUGGGUCUGAGUGGCUGUGACUGCAGGCAGCUGAGAGCAGUCACAGCACCACACGCUCCCAUCUCUGCUGCACGGAAGGGCAAGGACUCCAGAGGCUGGGAAACGCCUGCUGUCCUUUAUCUUCACUGCUCACCUCAUUUGGAUGAGACUUGGGCAGGAAUAUUUGCCUGGGUAUAGGAUGAAGAGCAUGAACAGGCGGUUUGAAGACAAGGAACUGCCUGUGGGUGCCUAAACCUGAUAUUCUGAACACCUAAGCCUGAUAUGCUGAACACCCAGCUGAGCUUGAAGGUGGAGUGGGAUACUAAAGCCCACUGAGCUGCCCAUCACAGCUACCAAGGCAACCCUUUGAGACCUCUUGGGAUCAUAAUCCUGGGAAAAACAGCAAAUUUGGUAGGACUCUGGAUUCUAAACCAAAAUAAAAGCUACUGCCAAACUUCCAGCAGAUCUGCGUUGGGACUGAGGCUGGGACACUUCUGGCAAGGCAUCUGAAGGAAUCAAACUGUGCUGAGCAGGCCCUGGGGGAGUAGGGGGCCCAAAGAGACCUUUCCUUGCUUGCUCCAUGAUGAUCUCUGGUUAAGGGCUCCUGGCCACCUGUGGAAGAGGCAGAAGAAGCCUUUGCAAGCUCCUUCCCAGCUCUGUUAGACCAAAAGAAAACCCUUUUGGAUAAGGGCGUGGGUUGGUGGACCUACUUGAAGGAUGUCUGGCAGGGACCCUGAGGACUUUGGAGCAGAAAUCCUCUCAGAAAAGUCUCGGAUGAUCCCUGGGCUCCCCCUGUAUGACAUGGAUGACCAGCUCCUUCCCAGGGAGCCCCGCAGCCCCUGGUGCUGCCUGGCAUGGACCCUGGUGAUAGGAACCAUGAACUCCCUGGUCUUCCUCCUUAAUUUGCUCCUGAUGUUUGUUAUUUUCACCAUUGUGCUGCUUCCUACCAUUGUGGUGGUUUACUUUGGCUUCCAGUGCCACUCCCAGGUGCUGCACUCCUCUGCCCGCUACUGCAAGAGCAUCUUGGAUGACAACAGCUCCUCUGCCCUCAUCAUCCUGGGCUUUGUCAUCAUGGCCCCGCUGCUGGUGGUGGCCAUGGCCAUUUACUGCAGCCUGGCACGGCACCUGCAGCUCCUCGUGUGCUUCCAGCCCUACAGCCUGGCCCUCUACAAGGGGGGCCACUGGUGCUGUGUCAGGGGCUGCAACACCCAGCUCAAGGCCUGGGUGUGACCUUGCAGCACCAGCAGUGUCCCCUCCCUGUGCUUUGUCCUCGUCCCCAGCCCUCCCUGCAGAGCUGUUGCAGCCAGGUCACCCUCUGAGUUAUCCCAAAAAACUGCCCCAGAGUGAAAACAAUGUGGGACAGGUAUGGGGAGGGCAGGGCAGCUUCAUUCUUCCAAAUCCUCUCUGGUGCUGUUUGUUGGUGUUGUUCCAACAACAGUCUGUGUGCUGCUCAUUGCUGGAUGCUGUCCCCACCACCCCCAUGUCCCCAGUAGAACCAUUUAUUAGAAAUAAAGUUUGUGUCCAAUCCUCCCUGGAGGAGUUUGUUCUUUCUCAAGGCCCGGGCUGCAGCAGAACCACUUGUUGUUCCCCACUUCAUAGCACUGUAAGGUAAAAUGUUACUUUUGUUUUCUUUCUGAGGAUUGAUUUUUCCUACUAUUUGCCCUGUGUGGCCCUGAUACCACCCAGAGGAAUAACCAGGGGUGGCUACAGGGGGAAGCAAACUGGAAAAAGAAAAAAAGAAAAAAGAGGAAAACCAGUUGACAUUUUCUGACAAGAUGGAAUUAAAACAAGAAGGUUCUGUUCCAGGCAAGGGAGAUUGUGCUACAGGAUAACAAGGUCUUGCCUGAGGGCAGUGUCUGCUCACUGGGUACAGAUAUUUGAUACGAGCUGCUGUUCCCUUUGCUCACCUGUUGUUUAAUCCAACUGCUUUUACAAGGAAAGCAUUCUUCAGCCUGGCAGGGCUGCAGGUAUUGUAAUGAACCAUCCCCACUGCUCUCCCUGCAAAGAAACCCGGAGCCAUUUGCUACAGCAUCCCCAAUAAAGCAAAAUUGUAUUUAAUUUGGUAUUUCACUUCGCAGACUAUUUUAAUAACAGAGGGGAAAUGAAUUUACCUGAAAUGUCAGCAGCAGAACAGACAGCUCAGGCUGUACCUCAGGGUAAAGAGCCCCAACCAGGCAUUCCUAGGAGGGCUGUAGCUCUGACAGGAAGAUGGCUUGAUACUAAAUUUCCCGUAGAGAGCACAGAGCCAUAUGCUGAGCCUUGGAUCAGGUCCUGAGGCAGCUGUGCCAGCCUGGAGGGCUUGUGUGCCAGGCAGGGACUGUGCCCACAGAUGUGGGGGAGCCCUGGCUCUGCCUUCUCUUCAUUCCCACAGGCAGGGCUUUGUCCUGGCAGCUCCCAAACCAGCCCAGAGCACAGGACAGAGGGAGGACAGAAAGAAAUUUAUUUUCACUGUUUGUUUUUUUUUUAAGUUCAGCUAUGUAUGGAUUUAAUUCCCCUGCAACAUCUCCAUGCACAGAGCCACAGCACUGACCUGGUUAUGAGGCAUCUCAGAAGACUCUAAAAUACAGUUCCUUUGGUCUUUAUUAUUUGUGCUUCCCUGUCACUGGCUGAUCCAGGUGAAGCCACAGGAAGGUGUCCCAGUGAUUAUCAGAUGCCUUCAGUUAUUGGAACACUCAGCUGGGGGUGCUGCAAACAUAAACCAUCUGUCAAGCUGAACUGAGAUCAGGAAGAUCAUCUUCUAGAGCCAAGGACAACAGAGAGUUUAUUGGAAGGAUGCUACAUUCCUGCUCUGAGGGAGGCCAGGGGAAAGGAAGCUGGAACCUGCUGCACAUACCAUGAGAGGAUGUGCUGCUCUCCAUCUCAUCCCAAGCAUUUAUUGCUCCAAAUGCUUCAUUUUCUGUGGAUAACUCUGCAGCUAAUUUGGCAGGAUCUGCAUGGAAAUAUAACAUGGUAAUAAACUCUCAAUGACAUGUUCUGGACA